UAUAUAGCCCACAAAUAUCUUCUUUUUUUCAGAAAGAAAGCCUUGAAUAAAAUAAUGAGUUCUGUUGAAGUGAGACUCCAAACUCUAGCACAAAGUUUCAGACUCGAACAAUCGGUCAAAUCACCUCCACCUCCUACCGGUUCCGCCACCUCCGCUUCAACAAGCAAACGGGCGGCGAUUCUGGUGUGUCUGUUCAAAGGAGACGACGGUGAGCUGCGCGUUAUUCUCACGAAACGAUCUUCAUCUCUCUCUUCCAACCCUGGCGACGUUGCGCUCCCCGGUGGGAAAAGAGAUGAAGCGGAUGCUGAUGAUGUGGACACCGCCCUCCGGGAGGCCAAGGAGGAGAUCGGGCUGGACCCUUCCCUAGUCAACGUUGUCACCGUUCUUGACCACAUUGUAAACAAGCGCGGUAUGACAGUGGUUCCGGUAAUUGGCCUACUUUCUGACAUAAAAGCAUUUAGUCCGGCUCCAAAUGCUGCAGAAGUGGAGGCAAUUUUCGAUGCUCCUUUAGAAAUGUUUCUCAAGGAUGAGAAAAGGAGAGAAGAGGAGAGAGAAUGGAUGGGAGACAAGUAUCUCUUACAUUACUUCGACUUUGAAGCGGAUGAUGGUAAAGAGUAUGUCAUAUGGGCUCUAACUGCUGGCGUUCUCAUAAAGGCUGCUUCAACUGUGUAUGAGCGGCCGCCGGCGUUUCUCGAGCAAAGGCCUAAGUUCUGGGUGAGUGGUGGUGCGAGCACCACCAUGCCAUAGGUUUUAAUGUCAUUUUAUACUCAUGUGAUAUUACAUGUUUUUGCAAUCUGCAUUUUCGAGUUGAAUCCCAGAAACCUUCAAUGUGGCUGUUUAUCUUUAACUACUACUUUCUCAGAUAUUACAUUGACAAAGCAACAAUCUUACUUUU